AUGGUCCUCUACAAGCGGAAGCCGGUGACGAUGAUACCGGCCCCUGCCAAAAUCGACAACAACGCCGAGGUCUGGGUUAUGCCAAAAUCAGGCGAAGUCUUUACAGACUAUGAAUCCUAUCUGUCUCGCUUCGAGUUCUACAACCGAAAAAAGUUCACAGAUGCCGUCAAUGGCAAGUCCGGCUUGACCUUCUUUGCCGCCAUCGACUUUGAGAACAACAGCUCGAGCGACAUUGACAAGAUCUUUCCUGACGCCCUGCGCGACCCCAUCUUGAGAAAGGUCCAGUUCUCAGACAUCUCCCGUAUAGAUGAGCUGGUGUCUUUCGUCUAUGAAGAAUUCCGCAGCGAGUUCUUCCCCGGCGAGGAAGUCAGCGUCUCUCUCGAUAAUGGCGACCAGUUCGAGGGCGUCAUUCGCGAAAAGGCAAAGUUCCCCCAACUACUCAACCCUGAUGGCUCCAUCCAGCGCGCCGCCUUCUCUCGCUAUUUUGUCAAGCUCAACGACGAACGUGGUGAAGAAGCUCUGUUGGAAGACAAGAACAUAAAGAGAAACCGCAAGCUCUUCACCAAGCAAAACCUAAGGUCCUUCUUGAAGAGCUCGAUACAGCGCGACAUGUUCACGGGUGCACCGUGGCUGGUUAAAGAGCAUCUCGCAAGGCAUUACAGAUUGCCCAUGGAAAUUCCUUCCCAUCUCGCUCAACGCAUGCAAGCAUCACCUCAACCUGGCCAGCCUCGCCAACCACAAGGCACCUCGAUCUUCAACAAAGUCAAUGGUCGUAAGGGAAAGAAUCUCACAAUUGGAGACUUUGAGCACGACGGUUCGCUGCAAGGGUAUACAACUCCGCCGCUCAACGGCUCCAGAUUUCCUGGUUAUCACGCAGCUGCAAUCAAGACAGAGCCCCAGAAGCCUACUCCCGCCCCCAUCAAAUAUCCUAUCGAAGAUCUGGACGUUCCUGCGAGGAAGAACGAUCUUGUCCGCCCUGACCUGAAAUUCAUCACAUCGCAGAACCCUGGUGAAGGCGAAGUCCGAAUGGAAUACGUAGGUCCCUUACUGGAAAUCUGGAACACUCUCAACGUACACUCCGAGGUGCUUGUCUUGGAUGCCUUUACCUUUGACGAUUUUGUUGAAGCAAUCAAGUUUACUUCCGACGAGGUUACAUGCGAGUUGCUUGAAGAAGCACACUGCGCAGUACUUAAAACAAUCGUCAACGAGGAAGGCACUCUACAAGUCACUCUUCCUGAUAUGGUUGAAGAUGAGUCUUCCGACGAAGAGAUGGACGAAAGUGAGCCAGCUACUCCCAUCUUGGACGCGCCUGCACAUGCCACGAGAAGUCGCAUGAGCAACAUCAGUAAUGUUGCGCCCGAAGAGUCGAAUGGCAGAUCCAGCAGAACCCCUGCCGAAGGCCGUCAUCGUCCGCAUCGCACUCCUGAACUGUUGGCAAGCUACGGUUGGGUCGAACGUCUCAAGGCUCGUGAUUUUGCUAACGGUGGCUGGCAAACUAUCAUGGCGGGUCUUCUCUAUCAACUGUCACUGAACCCUCGCCAGAAGGCCGAAUGCGACAAGGUCUUGUCCAAACUCGUGCCAUUGGAUGAAGACCCAAGUCAGGAGAGUGUUCGAAUCAACUACAUUCGUAUGGAGAUCAACCUUCGCAUUUCUGCAUUACAACUUAUCACCUUGCUUUGCGUUAGCACAAAGUCUGUGAGAGGUUACCUCGAGGAGAUGAGUGAGGAACAAACCAAGAUCCGUAAGGAAAAGCUCGAGCAUCAAAAGGCGAAGAAAGAAAGUGUCGCAAAAUUGGGCGACCUUGAGACUCAAAAGAAGAUUUUGCUCCCAGAUAACCUCCCGGACUCACCCAAAGAGGAGCACCCCGAUCCUAUGGAUAUCAGCAUGAGUCACGUCGACGAUACUGUAGACACGGUGGACCUCGCCACCUCGGAUGCCGAGGAAGAAGGCGGCCGUUCUCUUCGACGCGGCAACGAGCGAAAGCGCAAGCGUGACGAAGAUGCGGCUCGACGCGAGAAGCAGCGCGAAGAGAAGAAGGCAAAGACGAACCCGAAACAGUCCAAGGAAUUCACUAAGCUGCUGAAAGACAUCGACAAGCUCAAGGUCGAAAUCUCGAAGCGCGAGAAGGAGAUUGCAAUCUGCGACGAAAAACUCCGCGAGGCUAACUGUCAGCGAACCAAGGUGCUCGGAAGAGAUAGAUUCUGGAAUCGCUACUACUGGUUUGAGCGCAAUGGCAUGCCUGUUACUGGACUCACCGAUGGCAGCACUGGCAGUUAUGGUUAUGCCAACGCGCGUAUCUGGGUUCAGGGUCCUGACGAAAUGGAACGCUUGGGUUUUAUCGACUUGCCUGAAGAUCUGCAACGCACCUACAUUCAAGAUCACGGACUGUCUGUUCCCGAUCGAAAAUCCAAGGAAGAAGGCGCUACUAGCCUGAGAACUGCUAACGAAUGGGGAUACUACGACGACCCGGAGACUAUUGCCUUGUUGCUCAGCUGGUUCGACGAGCGUGGUGCCAGAGAAAAGGCACUGCGCAAGGAGAUGACUGCUUGGCAAGAGCCCAUCACUGGUCAAAUGCGCGCUCUGAAGACGCAUCUGGACAGUAUCAACCAGGAGGACGUGGACGAUGAGCCCGUCACACGCGUGUCAACCAGAAAGAAGACGUACGUCGAUGUUGAAGCAUCUAGUCAACGUUGUCUCAGAUGGAGAAACUUGACAGCUAUCAACAAGAUUGGCCAUCUGCAUUCGGAACAACCCAAGCCCAAGGAGAAGAAGGGCAAAAAGGAAGCUAAGGGUGUCGCCAAAGUCGUCAACAAGGGCAAGCCCACCACCAGACAAGGAACGAAGUAUGGCAAAUAG